AAUAUCGAAUUUGAUUGAAACAACGACAACGACAACAACAACAACAGCAGCAGCAGCAGCAACAAUCUCAACGACAGCAACUAUAGAUAACACAUCGACAAUGACAGCCAUUUUGGAAAAUCUUGAUAUCAUCAAUGGAACAACAAUCGUGGUGGCCACUAAUAAUGAUCAAACGGAAUUGAAUAAUUCAUCAACAACAACACCAUCAUCAUCAUUAUUUCCUAUUGAUGGUGAAAUUUUUAAAAAUCUCAAAGAUAAUUUAACUGAAAUUGCUAACAAUGUAAUUGAUGCUGAACAAAAUUUACAGAAUAAAACUGUAGAUUUUUUCAAAAAUGAUCUACCAGAUGGCAUGAAAAAUUUAACUUCAGGAAUUGGUACAAUGCUCGGUUAUGAUCAUCAUCAUGAUGAUGAUGGUCAACAACAAUCGAUGGCUUUGGCUUUUUAUGGAAUCGCUGUAUUGGCAUUACUUAUAGUGUUGGUAAUAGCUUGUUGGGCUAUUUAUCAUUAUAAAUUGAAAAAUCAUUUCGGUAAUAAUAAUCCAGAUAAUAAUAAUCCACAACCACAACAACAAUCGAAUGGUAAUAAAAAUGAUCAACAAAAACGUUCAACAAAUUUAUCUGAUAAUCUUUCAGCCAGUGGUGGCGGCAAUAGUGGUAAUAGAAAAAUUGUCGAUGACGUUGAAAAAGCAAUGACAGCAAUGGGUGCUGUACCAAGAGUCAUUGAUGCAGCUAACAAUGGUGAAUUGCAGCAGCAAUUGAAAUCAACAGCGAUGCGAAAUUAUUCGGAAAAUGCCGAUAACGUUAAUGAUGAUGGUGAUGAGGAACUAAAUGAUGUACAAAAAGCUAAACGUAAACGACAAACCAAUAAAGAUCGAACUGAUCCGGCUGAAAAUGAAGAAUUAUAAGAAUCUGAAUCACACAUUUACGCACGUAAUAAGCGUGGAUGAAUAUAUAGAAUUCAAUUUUUUUCAUACAGUUUAGCAGUAAUUUUUUUCUUGUUGUUGUUGUUGUCUG